AUGUUGGUAUGCGACCUGGUGCUGUUGUUACAAGUGGUGGUCACUGCACAGAAUGUCAUCAGUCUGGCUCAGGGCAAGCUGCGAGGAAUCGCGAAGGAUGGCUACGUGUCCUACACUGGGAUACCGUAUGCAAGUAUUACAGGCACAUUAGGGAGAUUCAAGCGAGCAGGGAUCGCUCCACUCUGGUCGGACAUCAGAAACUCCAGGUCACCAACCUGUUCUGUAGUGUCGGACGCUGAACACUGUCUGCAACUGGACGUCCACGUACCGUCUGCCGGGGCCGGGAAUUGGCCUGUGCUUGUGUGGGUGACCGGGGGCAGCGGCCCUUACAGCCCCGGCAGAAUAGUACAGGAGGGAAUCAUAGUGGUCAUUGUAUACCACAGGCUAGGACCAUCGGGGUUUUUAUGUUACCGAGACGAGAAUAUACCUGGUAAUGCAGGUGCAAAAGACGCGGUGUUAGCUUUGCGAUGGGUGCGCGACAAUAUAGUUGCUUUCAAAGGAAACCCAGCGAAACUCGUUGUAGCUGGCCAAAGUUUCGGCGCAGCGAUGGUCGAAGCCGUACUAUUGUCACCUAUGGCGAAUGGACUAUAUCAUGGUGCUAUACUACAGAGUGGGAGCGCGCUGUGCCCUUGGUCUUUUAAUUAUGACGCGGAGAAACGGGCUCAGGCUUUGGGAAAUGCGGAUGAGACGAAAAAUGAAUUAGUGAAAUCCUUACUUGACACUGACACUGAGGAUUUGGUAGCGAGAGGCAACAAACUAAAUGUUUCUUAUUUUCCAUUUGGAAUAUGCGUCGAAAAGCCUUCGAAGAAAGAGGAGAGGCUGAUGUUUGGAGCGCCGCACGAUAUACUGUCGAGCAAGAAGAACAACACGGUGCCGAUGAUCAUUGGAUACAAUAGUAACGAAGCCUACGUGUUCGUGUCCAUGCUGAGGGAGGCUCAAGUAUUGAGGAGAAUCUCCAAAAGCGUCACAUUCUUGUUGCCGGACGAUUUACACUUUAUAAAUGAGAGAGAACGAAAACAAACUGGCAGACUCAUACAGGAUAUGUAUUUCAAGAACAAUUUAACAAUGGCGGCUGUAUUAGAGUAUCACAGGGACGCCUACUUCUCCAGCCACAUCCACCGCAGCGUGCGUUACCACGCGGCGACAGCGCCUGUCUUCUACUACCAGUUCUCUUUCUCUGGUGACCUUGGGGUUCAGCCAGAGCCUGGAGUGCUAAAGACAGGUGCAGCGCAUUCAGAUGAACUGGCAUACUUGUUCUUUGAUGGAAAUCUUGAAGGAGAAGAAGGAACUGUGCAGAGGCGUGUUAUAAAACUAUGGACGAACUUCGUUAAGCAUUUGGACCCGUCACACCAGAGCGAGGUAAAGUGGGAGCCUACACAGCCCGAUACAUACCGUCUACUGGACAUAGGUACCGAGCUGAAGAUGAUGGACUAUCCCCAUUCAAGGACAUCACACCUCUGGGAUGAAAUCUACGACAAGUACUACUACACACGGAACCGAAUUUCUAAUUAA